UUAUAACCCAGGAUCUAGGGUUUGUGGUGGGAUAUAAAGCCAGCUUCACGGUGAAUCCCAGCCGCCGUCGCGCCGCUCUUCGUCCUCCUGGCUUCGUAGUAGGGUUAGGUUGUGAACUUCCGAGGAGCAGAGAUGGCGGUGCCACUGCUGACGCAGAAGAUCGUGAAGAAGCGGGUCAAGCAGUUCAAGAGACCCCACCUCGACCGCUACAAGUGCCUCAAGCCAAGCUGGCGCAGGCCAAAGGGUAUCGACUCCCGUGUCCGGAGGAAGUUCAAGGGAUGUACCUUAAUGCCCAACAUUGGUUAUGGUUCCGACAAGAAGACCAGGCACUACCUUCCCAACAAGUUCAAGAAGUUUGUAGUCCACAAUGUAUCUGAGUUGGAGUUGCUUAUGAUGCACAACAGGUCAUACUGUGCUGAAAUUGCUCACAAUGUCUCUACCCGGAAGCGCAAGGAGAUUGUGGAGCGUGCUGCGCAGCUUGACAUUGUGGUCACAAACAAGCUUGCCAGGAUUCGCAGCCAGGAGGAUGAGUAGUAUGUUAGGCAGAUUGCAGCUCUGGUUAAUUUGUUUGUAGGAAGCAGACCUGUUUGAAUAUUUCGUUGUUACACUGGUAUAUUGACGCCUUAAUCAGUAUUGAGCUCAACCGAGGACAGCUACAGUUUUGGAUGGUAUAUUGACGCCUUAAUCAAUAUUGAGCUCAACUGAGCAGGGCGCCUUAUUUUGAACUU